GCCUCAGAACUUGGCCUUCUGUGUGUCGGACAGUGUAAUACCCAGCACCGAAGCUGGGUGUCCCGCGUUGGUAAAUUGUUUUAACCCCUUAAUAUCUUUGUUAUAGCUAAUGAUUCUUCCGUGACUUGCGUUAACAGACGUGGACGGUGAGCUGCGUUUUAAUCUUGUCUGGAAAGGGUGAAGUUUACUCCCUGCAUUGCAGCCACAGUGCUGCUGGAAUCAAACACAACAAUGGCGACUCCCAGUCCUAGCACCAAUUCAACAACCUCCUCCUGCAGUAAGACUAAUAACGCAGGAUCCAUACUACACCACUACCAAACGCAGGCUCAACAUUUAACAACAAUGACCAACAUGCAGGAUUCCAACACUUGCUGGAGAUGUCAAAAUGAAUCAGGGUUUCAGAUUAACCUGGCUGGAGCCUCUCAAACUAACCGCAGAGCCCUGAAGUUAACCUUUGCCAAUCCUCCCAUGAAACCAACAACAAGGCUCCCAAUCUCUACUGUGACCCCUCCAUUCCAAAACCCUCAUAUAGAGAGGCUGAGGACACACAGUAUUGAGUCGUCGGGGAAGCUGAAGAUCUCCCCAGAGCAGCACUGGGACUUCACUGCCGAGGACCUGAAAGACCUGGGCGAGAUCGGCAGAGGCGCCUACGGCUCUGUCAACAAGAUGGUCCACAUACCCAGCAACCAGAUCAUGGCCGUGAAGCGGAUUCGCUCCACUGUCGAUGAGAAGGAGCAGAAGCAGUUGCUGAUGGACUUGGAUGUAGUCAUGAGGAGUAGCGACUGCCCCUAUAUUGUCCAGUUUUAUGGCGCUCUUUUCAGAGAGGGUGACUGUUGGAUCUGUAUGGAGCUCAUGUCUACCUCAUUCGACAAAUUCUACAAAUAUGUAUAUUGUGCAUUAGAUGAUGUCAUUCCAGAGGAGAUACUGGGCAAAAUAACAUUAGCCACUGUGAAAGCACUGAAUCACUUAAAAGAAAACUUGAAAAUAAUCCACAGAGACAUCAAACCCUCCAACAUUCUCCUGGACCGAAAUGGCAACAUAAAGCUUUGUGAUUUUGGCAUCAGUGGCCAGCUGGUGGACUCCAUAGCCAAGACCAGAGAUGCCGGAUGCAGGCCCUAUAUGGCGCCUGAGAGAAUAGACCCCAGUGCUUCCAGGCAAGGAUAUGAUGUCCGAUCAGACGUCUGGAGUUUGGGAAUCACUCUGUACGAGCUGGCUACAGGUCGUUUCCCCUACCCUAAGUGGAACAGUGUGUUUGACCAGUUGACCCAGGUGGUCAAGGGGGAUCCCCCUCAGCUAUGCAACUCUGAGGACAGGCAGUUCUCCCCGAAAUUCAUCAAUUUUGUCAAUCUAUGCCUUACUAAGGAUGAAUCAAAAAGGCCAAAGUAUAGAGAGCUUCUGAGGCACCCUUUCAUUCAGAUGUACGAGGAGCGAGAGGUGGACGUGGCCAGCUAUGUGUGCAGGAUCCUCGACCAGAUGCCCACCUCGCCCAGCUCGCCCAUGUAUGGGGACUGAUCCCACUGCUUCAACACUCUGACCAAGGAACGAGGGGUCACCUUUGGUAACCUUUUGGGUGCACAGCAUCGCAUAGUGACAUGGUUUCUUAUUUAAACAGCAAUGAAACAAACAUACAAACAAAACAAAACAAAUGACGUAGAACAAUUCCCAAAACGUUUUGUGCAAUAAACAUUGCUCUCAUAUCCGUGUCCAUCAAAUAUUGAUCAUGACAUGUCAUAUUCUCUUCAACAGUUGCCACACAUUGUAGUGUCGAGUCAUAGGUUCCAUCUUGCCAUAACAUUAUAUUCAUGAGUAGAAAACCAAACUUGAACUCUCACUGUCUGAUCCCACCAUCAUUCACCUUUGCUUGAAUGGGAAUAAAAAAAAGUUAAAUCUAUACUUGAACACACCGAAACAAAUACAGAUUUACCAAAUAAGAAAACAAAGUUGCAUUCAAAUGGAAAACCAUAAGCCAUCCACAUGUGUUUCAGUCACCGUAUAUGUUUAUAGUAAUAUGCCAAUGUACAGUCAGUGGGAUACAGACCAACCCACACUUGCAUUUUAGCACAUCACCACAUUGAACACUUGCGCUUUUCUGUAAUUGAAUGCGUAUGCGAAAGUAUUGUUACGUAACAACAAAAAGUGUACUGUGGCUUCAUUAUGUUUUCUGAUUAUGCAAUAUUUUCAAAAGAAAAAGAUAGUUUGCCUUUCAGAUGCAGAAUUCACUCAUGGUGUACAAAAACGCUAAAAUGUUUACACCGCAUAAAAGGACUAUUCCUUCGAAGAACAGUUUACUUGAUGUGGUGUGUGUAUGCUUAGAGUGGUAAGACAAUUCAUAAAUUGUAAAUGUGUAUUUAUAUCUUCAUCUGCGCAAAUAGUAAGACCGUUGUAAAACUUCACAUUACAUCCUCCACUUUGCCCUAGUCCUUGUACAGAUGGCCAAUGGAGUCUGCCUCUUUACCUGAAAUCACACAUUGAUGCAAACAGCAUGCUAUCAACUGAAUUAGCAUGACGGCUUAGCUUGUGUCGAUGGAAUGUUCUUUUCUCUCACUUUUUUUUUGUUCUCCUUAUUUUUCUAACUACCGUAUUCGCGUUACUUUCAAAAUGGAUGCAUAAUGUCUCAGUAAAGGUGUCCAGUGAAAUGGUUCGAUUUGGAUCAAUCCCAUUCUUAAGGAGCCAGGCAGUAUUCGGCAGUCAAGGAGGGCCAAGUUUGGAAAUCACUGGAGCAGUGCGAGUCAUCUCGACUGAUUCACAUCAAAGAUGACUUGCGGUUUUAUAAAACAUUGAACUUUGCUUUUUAACAGGGCAGUUGUUUUUUGUCUGCUUUCCAUUUGUGCCGCCUGCGGCCCUUUGACAUGAAAACUCCUGUAUCGGUUUAUGAAUUCUGUUCUUCUACACUUUUACUUGCGUGUGUCAAAAACGAAACAAACAAACAAACAAAAAAUAAAUAAA